GCCGCCCUCCAUUGUCUCCACGGCGGCGAGGAGCGCCGGCGAGCGCAGCCCGGGACCCGGCGAGGCGGCGCGGCUGGCGGGGCCGGCAGCAGCUGGAGCGAGAGCGCGACGCGACGCGACGCGACCGCGGCUUCCCGAGCUCCGCGUGGCCGCCCGGCGCCGCAGCCCGCCCGAGGCCUGGAGGCGUCCGGGCCGCCGUCCAUGGUCGCGGCGUCCUGAGGCGGGGGACGCAGCCGGCGCCCCCAGCCCUCCUUCUCUCCGCCUCCUCCGGUUCGGUCGGCGGCCUCCUCCGGCGCCUCCCCGCGCCCGCCCGCCGCCUCCCUCCUCCUUCCCUGCGGCUCCCCCGGCUGCCGGGAGCCCGGGGGCGGCCUGUGGCGCGCCGAGCCCGCGCCGGGCUGCGCCUCUUUGGACCUUGAGGGGAAACAUGCGCUUGGAUCGGAUCGUUUUAAAUUCUUAGUUUGGGCUCCCCGACCGCCUGCCGCUCCCGCCCCGCGGGUUUCCUUUUUUCUUUUUCUUUUUUCCCCUCCCGAUCUCCUUUUUGACUCCCUUCCCCUUUAUGCUCGCCCAGCCCUCUCCCCGCCGCUGAGAAGUGGGGGAGGGCCUCGGCCUCCAGGUUCCCGCCCCAUCGGGGCCCGGGCGAGCAUGGGGGGCAAGCAGAGCACGGCGGCCCGGUCCCGGGGGCCCUUCCCGGGGGUCUCCACGGAUGACAGCGCCGUGCCCCCGCCGGGAGGGGCGCCCCACUUUGGGCACUACCGGGCGGGCGGUGGGGCCAUGGGGCUGCGCAGCCGCUCGGUCAGCUCGGUGGCGGGCAUGGGCAUGGACCCCAGCACGGCAGGAGGGGUGCCCUUUGGCCUCUACACCCCCGCCUCUCGUGGGACCGGCGACUCGGAGCGGGCGCCCAGCGGCGGAGGGUCCGCAUCCGACGGAUCCACCUAUGCCCAAGGCAAUGGUUACCAGGAGACCGGCGGCGGUCACCAUAGAGACGGGAUGCUGUACCUAGGCUCCCGAGCCUCGCUGGCGGAUGCUCUACCUCUGCACAUCGCACCCAGGUGGUUCAGCUCGCACAGCGGUUUCAAGUGCCCCAUUUGCUCCAAGUCUGUGGCUUCCGAUGAGAUGGAAAUGCACUUUAUAAUGUGUCUGAGCAAACCUCGCCUCUCCUACAAUGACGACGUGCUGACUAAAGACGCGGGCGAGUGUGUGAUCUGCCUGGAGGAGCUGCUUCAGGGAGACACGAUAGCCAGGCUGCCCUGCCUGUGCAUUUACCACAAAAGCUGCAUAGACUCGUGGUUUGAAGUGAACAGAUCUUGUCCAGAACACCCUGCGGACUGACCCUGCUGGGCUCGCUUGCUGACUCCUCUCAAAGGUUUGUUUUAUUUAUUCCAAGUAAACUUCCAGAACAGCUGAUGAUGGCAGACAAAUCAGGGACAUUUGCUCUUUUUACCUUCACCUGAAAAACUGAGGACAUGGGGAGAAGAAACAGUGAGGGUGAGAGUGAGGCAGAGGGAGUGGAGCCUGGCGCUGGAGUGCGAGUCCAAAUUCCCGGCAUGAUAUUUGCCUUCUCGGGCCCCGGACUGGAACCACAGGCGCCCAGCCCGUCCUCAGCCGGACACACAGGCUGGCUUCAGCCCGGCGGGAGCACGACUUCCGUAUUGUGGUCCACACAGGACAGCCAGCCCUCUUCCUGAGAGGAGGCUUCGGACACUGGGGCAGAGCUGAGCUGGGGACACCAGUGGGAACAGGGCACCCUACGCACUGACUUCCAGAGAAUGGUUCUCCCUUUCUCCCUGAGGACACCAAAUUGGAUGAGCCAUGAGUUUGAGAGAAGAAAGAAUCGACCGCCCUCCUUCCCCUCACCCCUCAUCCUAGGAGGGAAAGGGCAUUUUCUUUCUCACCUUUGAAAGGCAUUGUGGGUCUGUCUCUAACGUGUUUACAAAAAAAAAUCAUAAAAAAAAAGUUUAGUGUCGACUGGUGUUUUCGCCCGUGAUGUUUACAGAUUGCUGUCUGCUGCCCGGCUAGAACCCACCCAAUGACAAAGGGACAGAGCCAGGUUCAGUGCUGAUGGUGCGAGAGACGCUCGCUCGGCCCUCCUGGCCCAGCGCCCCGUCGGUUCGGCCCUCGCCAUCAACAACCGCCCGGCCUUGGUUUUCUUUGCCCAUUUUCCUGGCUUGGUUUUGCACUUUUCUCCCCUUGGGACCCUGAGAUCUUGACUUCAUUGCCAAAAAAAACAACCCUUGGAAGACCUCCCCCUUCAUUCCUGAUUCUUCUCCCUCCUUUCCUCCUGGUUCUGGUCAGUUCAGAGGACUUCACAAUCACAAGUGUCCUGCAAAAAUGCCUGAACAUUUUUCUUAGGCCCUUGUGGAUUUUUUUUCCUGAAAACUUAAACAAACAGAAGACUUAUUAAAGGAACAUGUACAGCUA